AUGACGGACAGGAGCAGGGACGCUACGUCAGUGCAAAGUUUCCCUUUUCGGAGGUAUGUGCGUGUGCCUAAAUCCCUCAAUCUAAAAGAGGAGGAGUAUGUUACAGGGAGACAAGCAGUGGUGGAAAAAUGUCUGAAGGACAAUGGAAUUAAAUAUAGACAGGAACAUGUCCCUGUCAUUGCUGUCCUGGGCUCAGGAGGAGGUGAAAGGGCCAUGGUGGGACUGCUGGGCGUUUUGGCUCAGAUGGGAGAGGAUAAACUGCUGGACAGCAUCACCUAUCUGUGUGGAGUAUCAGGGUGCACUUGGUGCAUGGCAUCACUGUAUGAGGACCCCAAAUGGUCUGUAAAUGUAGCUGCUGACAAGGACCAAAUUUUGGAGAGACUCUCAAAUGGAAAAUUCAGUAUAUUAGACAUGCUGGACUGGCUAAGUGAAGCUGUGGAAGAUGAGAAUUACUCACUGACUGAUUUUUGGGCUGCGACUGUUGUUUACUACAUCAUAAAAGAGAUAGAUAGACACCAUCUCUCAGAACAGGAAGCCAGAGACUCAACCAACCCCUAUCCCAUCUACACAGCCAUCGACAAGGGACUGAAACAAGACAAUCAGACAGCACCCUGCUGGUUUGAGAUCACUCCUCAUGAAGCUGGUUAUUCUCUUUUGGGGGCCUAUGUGGACACAUCCCACUUCGGCAGCCAGUUUGAGGCAGGAAAGCUCAAAAAAGCUAUCAAGGAGGAAGACAUGUUGUACCUGCAAGGUCGAACAAGGAAGGUGGACCUCAUUCUCUUCUUCGACUUCAGCAGGGACGAUCCCUUCCUGACAGUGAAGAAAGCUGCAGAUUACUGUAAAGAGGCUGGAAUACCAUUCCCCUCUGUGGUCAUAGAACCAGGAGAGGAAAAGAACCCUAAAGACUUCUAUGUGUUCAAGAUGAAAAAAGCACCCAUCGUCAUCCACAUUCCGCUCUUCAACACUGUCAACUGUGGAGGUUGGGUCAUAUACCGGCCGUCUAAUCCUAAAAAGAUUGAGGAGUGGAGGAAGCGGUACAAACUUUUCAGGAUCCAUACAGCAAGGAAAAUGAUUGAGGACCUGCUGCUGGUGUCCAGUCGGAAUGUGAAGAACAAAAAGGAGAAGAUCCUCAAUGAGAUCAAGGCAGCGUGUGCACGCUGA